AUGUUUAAUUAUUUGAUCAGUAAAUUUCCAAGGCCAACCAUCAUCACUGUCACUAAAAGAGAAACAACAUUUCAAAAUAUGGCGUCACAGCUCACCAACUUCUGGCAGUUUUUAACAAAUGUCUUUGCAAUCCCUGAUGACGAGAAGGAGGAUAUAUUCAAACCAAGGGAGACCCUAGAAGGGAAGAUAGAGGCAAGGCUGGAGGGAAUCAUAUUAGACCCGAAAUAUAAAGAUAGCAAGAAAAUAUCAGAAGGAGACUGGAAAUUUAAUGAUUAUUACAAAUGUGUCCCUUCAUAUAAUCCGGUUCUUACCAAUAUUUGCCAUGACAUGAGGGCUUUAGGCCAGUGCACAGAUGUUGGAAAGUCCUGUAUCAAUUCAUCUUCAGAAUCACUUUCUUCAGAACAAAAGGCGGUUCUUAUCAUUCGUGGGCCUUACGGUACUGAAAAUCCAACGUUGUUUAUGUAUAAGGAGGAAGCUCAUCCCAUUAACACUGCAAACUUCUUACCAUUGGUAGAGAAAUAUGGAGGAGCACAUAAAGUGAGUGCUAUUCUUUCUUCUGAAACAGACCAUUUCACUUUGAAGAAAUUAGAAUGUGAACCAAAUAAAGAUGAGAAAGGAGAUACACUCAGCAUCAUUUAUGAACACUUAGAGCGAACAAUAGAUAUGAUUCCACCUGUCUUCUUUCUUGGGUUCCAUCAAACGGAAAGCCAAAUGCCUUUGGUUACUCUUAUACGUAAUUAUUGUUACACUCUGAAACUUGAAAUGGGAACUCCAACAGCAGUGGAGAUAUCAAAAUUGUUGAAUUCAACAGGAGCAGAAAUACGCUGGCAAUUACGUUAUAAUGAUCGCGAACGAUUGCGGGGUUAUUUGAGUGAUUGUUACUUCUUGGCGGGAAUUAUGUUACUGGGAAUCCUUCCAGGUUUAGGUUGUGGUAUAAAUCGGAUUUUCAUUAAUGAUGCUAAGAGUUGUUUUGAGAUAUUAAAAAGAAUUGACAGUACAGAAGAUCCAGAUCAGGAAAAGUUUCGUAUUCGGUAUAUAUCGUCUAACCCUAGUGUUGAUAUUGUUAAACUCUGCAUGGAAGUUAACCCUGAAGAGAAUAUUGAUAUACAGCAAAUGAUUUUACCCAUUAGUAGUAGUUCUAGCAGUUCCUCGGUUUCUUCGACUCUACGAACCGCAUCACCCUAUGGUCGUUAA